AUGGGGGAGCGGCGGGGGGCGAUUGUGAGGGCGGCCGCGGCCGGGCUCGUGCUCGGGGCCGCCGCCUGCUAUUGCCUGUGGCGGCGGGCGGCGGGCGGGGGGCGCCGGCGGGGGCCGCCCGCAGUGACAGAAAAAAGUCCUCCAGAGUCACCCCAUACCAUGGAUGCGGAUGCUCUACAGAAACUUAUUCAUUUGCUCCAGGCCACAGAUGAUCCAUUAAUUCAAGAGCAAGCUUUAAUCACUCUCAGCAACAGUGCCGCCUUCUCUGUAAAUCAAGAUAUAAUUCGAAAUUUGGAUGGCCUUUCUGUUAUUGGAGGGAUGCUCUCAGGUUGUGUUCCCAAAGUUACAGAAAAAGCACUAAAUGCACUUAAUAAUUUGAGUAUGAAUAUUAAAAAUCAGGAAGAGAUACAGGUAUAUAUUGAGCAAGUUUGUAAGAAUGUUGAAUCAGCCCCUCUGAACUCUGAUCUGCAGCUCGCUGGGCUCAGGUUGUUGACGAAUAUGUCUGUUACCAGUGACUACCACCAUAAGAUGAUAACCAAGAUCCCAUGCCUUCUUCGUGUGCUUUCGGAAGGAUCUGAAAGGACACAGAUCCAAGUUUUGAAAGUACUUUUGAACCUAUCUGCAAAUCCAGCCAUGACAAGACAUUUUCUCAGAGCUCAAGUGCCAUCACUGCUGUUACUUUUUGACAACCGUAUAAACAGAGAUAUUCUGCUUAGAGCCCUGGUGUUGGCAGCAAACUUGAAAAAGAAUGUGAACAAUGAAGGUGGCUCGAUGAUUCAGGACCAAUACAGUGAAGAUUCAGUUUUCUCUAUACUCUGCAGGGAUUCUACCCCAUUUGCUCAGAAGCUGGCAUCUUUAUUGCAUCACCCUGAUCCAGAAGUGAAAGAGCAAGUUGUGAGAAUAUUAACGCAAUAGUAAUUUUUAAAAGUGACUGACAAAAAUAUCUGAUCUUAAGAUUAGAUAUAAAAGAGUACUGAAUAGUACUAGGCACAAAUCAGUUGUUACAAAAGAGAUUGCAAUAUAUUUAAUAGAGAGAGCAUAACAGAUGUCUCAUAGGAGAUAAAGCAGUAAGUUUUGGCUCUGAGAAACCACUAUCCAGGUGGUACACGUAAACAGAGGGAGGUACAGUUUAAAGCAUGAAAGCUUUUAUAUAUACAGUGAAUAUUUUAAGAUGAAUAAAGUCUAAAUAUUCUAAAUAUUUAAAUAUAGAAUAUCUAAAUAUUCUCAAUGUCAGAGUUUGUGCCUUAUGUAUUUACAGCUGUUGAGUAUCUAUAGAAUGAUGCAUUAAAGAUUCAGGAC